CCCCCGCGCUAGCCCCACGAGCCAUGGCACGUGCGCUAAACUUUCAAAGGCCGCUGCCAUUCCCUUCCCCACUCAGUCUGAUCAAACUUCGGCCCUCAUCCUGUCAAGGCAUGUUAUGCUUCGAGCCCUCUCACGAUCGAUAACACGAACCAUGGCCUCCAACGAGCCCGCCAGCGUCCCCAUCCCCAAGAAUGGCGUCGACUACCGUGGCAAAGUGGUGCUUGCGCCCAUGGUGCGCUCCGGUGAGCUGCCCUCACGCCUCCUCGCACUCAAGUACGGCGCCGACCUGGUCUGGGGACCCGAGACCAUCGACCGCGCCAUGAUUGGCACCACCAAGAGACUCAAUCCACACACGCAGACGCUGGAGUUCUCGCGCCUGCCCACUUCAAAGAUCAAAAACCCCACGCUCGAUCCCGAGAACCGCGAGAGCGUCAUAUACCGCAUACAUCCAGAGCUGGAGAAGGGAAAGCUCAUAUACCAGAUUGGCACGGCGAGCCCGGAGCUGGCAGUGCAGGCAGCCAAGAUGGUGGCAGCGGAUGUCGCGGGCAUUGACGUUAACUCCGGCUGCCCCAAGCCCUUCUCCACAUCUGGUGGUAUGGGCGCAGCGCUGCUGAGGACGCCAGAUCUGCUUUGUAACAUCUUGACAAGUUUGGUUGAAGAAGUAGGAAAGCCAUUCGAGAUCGGCAUCAGCGUCAAGAUCCGAAUCCUAGACACGCCUGAAGAAACCGCGGCACUGGUGAAGAGACUUGUGCGCACCGGCAUCACGGGUCUCACCGUACACUGCCGAACGACACCCAUGCGACCGAGGGAGCGCGCCAUCAGACAUCAACUCAAGAUGAUUGGAGAGAUAUGCCACGAAGCAGGCGUCGCAUGCCUCAUGAACGGCGACGUCACAUCGCGCACCGAAGCCUUCAAGCUCGCAGAGGAGUUCAACGUCGACGGCGCAAUGAUUGCAACCGAAGCCGAAAAGAACCCCAGCUGCUUCCGACCCGACGCAGAGGGCGGCCCUCACGAGUGGCGGUCGCAGUGGAAGACCGUUGUCACCGAAUACAUGCGUUUUGCACUACAAGUGGAGAACCGCUGGGGCAACACAAAGUAUCUGCUCAGUCAGAUGAUACCUGGGAAGGAAAAGGCAUAUGCGGCUAUGAACAAGUCAAAGUGCUACACAGACGUCAUCAAGGCGCUGGGCUUGGAGAAUGUGGAUGACUUGUUGCAACAGGCAAACACUGUUGACGAGCAUCUGGGUAUACCCAUGAACGAAUCGCGCGCUUCCAAGCGGGCGAGAGUCAAGGAAGCCCAGAAGUCCGACGGAGAUACUCAGAAGACAGAAAAGCGCAAGGAGCGGGAGGAAGAAGAGCCCGAAGCUAAACGCAUCAAGGUACCUGAGGUGGAGCCUGAAGCAACUAUGGCCCUUCCUCCACAGGAGAUGACAGCUCCUGCUGCGCUGAGCGUAUGAUUCAUGUCACGAUAUCUGGGUUAGGCGCGUAUCUAUUUGGGCAUUCCAGGCGUAUUAAGCAUUUACAGAGGCGGGAGGAAUCACUCUCGGAUGCCGACGGUCAAGGCUAGGGACUUAUGAAAUCACACACCAAUCUACUCUACACCUUUCCCCUACCAUGUCGUGAUGGUUCUCCAAAGCACUGCGUUGGAGUGAACUCCAGUUACCUAACAAACGUGAUGAAAGGAGACCGGCCAAGUAGAAAACACUGUCGUGAGGGCUAUCUGGAGGUAUGCCAC